GAGUGCUACGCAGGCCGCAUGGGCGAGAGCGCAGGCCGGGCGGUGGACGACGAUGCAUCUCCGGCCGUGCAAGCCCUGACGGACUGGCCAGGCCCUCCUUCUUCGCCACGUUUCGCCAUGCGGGGUUUGGCAAUCGACUGCGGACGAGCGAUCAGCGCUGCGAUGUACCAGCCGAGCGGCACCGGCCUGGCGCCGCUGCUUGGCGCCGCAUCUACCCGCCUCGUGCGCCUAACCGCGUCGAUCCGGACGCUGCCGGAGCAUGUCCGGCCCAGCGCAGCGGUCGCUCGGCUCGCUGGCCUUUGGCGCAUUGCGCAGCUGAGCUUCCUCCUCCGUCCUGCCUGGCUUGCCUCGCCGCGGCAGGCCCGUGCUGCACCGCCUGCGCUCUUUCCUCCGUCCGGGACGCGCUGUCGUGGCGAUCUCUCCGGCAUCGUCAUCCGCGCUACACGCUUUUUUUCGCUUCUGACGCUGUCUCUGUGCGCUGCCAGUGCGGCUGGCCUGCAGAGUGUGCAGUGCAGAGUGAUGCUGCCGCGGGAUCAUGCGGGCUGCGCAGCACCUCGCCUCGCCUCGAAGUCGGCCCGACGCACGCUGCCGCGAAGCGUGGGAGCCGCGCUACGAGCGACGAGGAAGGGCUGCGGCACGAUCUCGGCACAACCGCAGCGCCUUCGUGUCUCGACGGUCGCUGUCCGUGCAGAGGCAGCACCCACGCUGCGGCACAGCAUGCAGUCGAGGUGCAGCGAGGUUGCGGCGAGACAGAUCGUCUGCGCAGCGUCAGAUGCGCUGGUAAGCGCCGGUGUCGGCGCGGCUCCGGCGGCGAGGCAGUGCCAGCGCACCGGACCCUCGCUCGACGGCACCGCAAGUUUCUCACGCACACACACAACGUCCAGCUCAGCGGCAGCCCACGAGGUUGCCCAAGCGUCGAGCCGAUGCUGCAGAGAGGUGCAUCUGGAGCGAGCGCGACGUUGGGGCCAGCGCAGCGGGCGGCACGUGAGGCGUGCCGCUGCACCCUUGAGCGCGAUGCAGGGUUCGCCAUCGCACCCUCGCCCCCUCGCUCUUUCCGGCAAGCGACGAAGCUCGGCGCCAGCAGCCGCAGCAUGCUAUGCAUGAUGCGCUCGAGGUGCGGGCGACGCUGCAGCGUAGACGGCGCCCCAGCACGGCGCGGCCGCUCCGAGUGCCGAGCGAGGCAGGAGUUCGCGCGCUAAGGCCAGCGUUAGCCUGGCUGCGUGUGCGCGUGCUGGCCGUUGGCGAGAUGGCGGCGCAAGGGGCCAGAGGCGCCGCUGAGCAGAGGCAGCAUCAGCAAGCAAGCGAGCGCCUCCUCGGCUCCCCUUUGUGCUUGCUUUUGACGCGCCACGCCCGCUGCGUGGCGGCCGCGCGCAAGAGCAGGCCUCUCGCCGCGGCGCCUCCAUCAUCACCACCUGAUGAGGAGGCAUGCAAUAGCCGAGGCGCGGCAUGCUGCGGCGCUGCACCUGGCACUCUUCAGGGUGCUGAUGCGCACUGUGCUGCUUUUGGCCCAGGCAGAGGGGUCGCCGAGACGCAGCAGGGCCGGCGAGGCGUGCGCAUCAACCAAAGCGGGCG